UUUAUUUCGAAAACGGAAGUUGUCUGCUCCUCUUCCAGUUAUUAUCACUGUGAUUGUAAUCAUAUGUAUCAUAAAAUUAUUUGUGGCAAUUCUGGUGUCAAAAUAAAAAAAAAUUAUUAUUUUUAAAAUUAUGUAGGUAAUGUGGAUAUGUGUUUUCUGAAGUUUUAAAUAUUGUUUUUCUCUCCUUGCCUGUAACUAUGGCCAAUAAAUUAGGAUUAUCAAAUGUAAAGAAGGAGCUUAAGCUGGGCAAAAGUUUUGGAAAGGGAGAGAAUUUCCAUACUUUCAGAUAUGAUUUUAUGCCAGCAUCUGUUGAUACAUCUAAAAGAGCAACAGUGGACAUUGGUGAUGGUCAUCAGGUUACCGUGACUGUUCCUCACAUUGAGGGAUCUGGUACUGCCAAUACUGUAUUUAAAGGUUCCAAGAAACCUUACCAAAAAGAAUGUGUUCUGAUUAUUGAUCAUACCACCGGAGAGAUAACUCUUGAAAAGUUGAGUUAUAAUGUGCAACUUAAAAAGACAAGGGCUGAAGGAAGUAGUAAAAUAAGAUCAAGUACACCUGUAGAAGGCAAUUACGUCAGUAAGAAGUCGCCUCCUUCUCAUAAGUUAUCUCCUCACCAAAAACCCAAUUCAACUUUUGGACGAUCAUCUCCUAAUCAGAAAUGCUCACCUCUUCCUAAAAGCCCAAUUGGCAAUCACCCAAGUCCAAACGGAAAUUCAAAUUCUUCUAUGCCUUGCCUGAAUGCACUGUCUUCUUAUAAGCCACCAGCCAUUCCAGAAGUUCCCAGCCAUUCUCUUUCCUGCGAAGAACCUGCUGCUGCUCAUGCUCCAGAAGUCGGAGUUCUUUCAUCUAGUAGCUCUAGUGAAUCAAGUAGUAGUGGGGAAUCUAGUGACUCUGAAUCUAGUGAUCAUGAAGAGAUGUCUAUGAAUCAGAAAUCUCACAAGCAUGAUCUAUCUAAUGGUGCUGCUGAAUCUCACCAUAAGAAAGAAAGAUCGAGUGCAUAUUCUUCUUCCAACACUCUUAGUAUGCCUUCAGCUAAUUCCAUGCCUAGUAAGAGUAUGCCAUCUGGUAUUUCUAUGCCCAGUAUGUCUUCUUCCAACUCCUUACCCAGCAUGCCAAAGUUCAAUCUGCUGAGUGAGGAUUUGAAGCUGAGUGAAUCUGAUAGUGACCAGUCUGAAUGAUAGUUAUAUGAUUUUUAUAUGGAAGUGUUUGUCUAAUAAAUUUUAUUGUGGCAUAUAUUUCCUGAUUCCAUCAACUAUGUAAAAGGAUAUUAAUUGCUGUGAUAUGUUUACCUUUUACAUAGAAUAGUAUCUAAUUUUUCAAUUCCAUGUACGUAGUUAGAGGGUGAAAUAAAAUAUGGUUUUGAAGUUUAAA